AGGGUCGUCAAAUUACUGCAAUGGGAAAGCCAUGGCAUCCGGAGUGCUUCGUUUGCACCAUUUGUGUGAAACCUCUACAACCGGAGACAUUUAAAGAGCACGCGGGGAAACCUUAUUGUGAGGACGACUACCAUAAGCUGUUUUCGCCAAAAUGUGGGGGUUGUCAGCAACCUAUCACUGACAAAGACGAGAAGGUAAUGGUAAGGGGUAAGCCGUGGCACCCGGGGUGCAACGCUGCUAUUAACGAACCGAUCAUAACAGUAACACCAGCUGUCGAACCCCUUCUCCAAAAAGCUACCCGGCCUAAGGUGGAGACCGAUAUCGGUCGCAAAAACUAUACGAUCGAUGAUUUAGAUUCAUUGCUUCCCUUAGUAGACGACUUCGUAAAGAAGUCAUAUCCAGACUGUAGUGGUUGUAAAACGCCGAUCACUGACGGCAAUAAAAUUACAGCAAUGGGUAAACCCUGGCACCCCCAGUGUUUUACUUGCGACAAAUGUGUCAGACCUUUG